UCUCUCUCUCUCUCUCUCUCUCUUUUCAAACUCCAAAUCAUAAACCUCCUCUGUUUCAUAAACGAAAACAGAGCAUUCAUCUUUCUCUCUCUUCCAAUGGGAAAUGGAGUCGGAAAGUUCAGCCUCUGCUUCGCCGGGGACGCCGGCGAGAUUUCCCGCCGGAGAAACGACAUCUCCGUGUGUCUCUCCGACCCUCUCGACGAGGGAUUGGGCCACUCUUUCUGCUACAUACCAUCAGAGAAUCUCAACAAAUCCCAAUCUACAGAGACGGCGGCCUUCCGCUCCAUUUCCGGCGCCGCCAUCUCCGCCAACACCUCCACGCCUCUCUCCACCGACGCUUUUUCCUACACCACACUCGACAAGGCCUCCACCUUCGAAAGCACCAAUUUUUUCUCCUCCAUCCCUCUCCAGCCAAUUCCCAAGACAGACACAGUCAAGUCCGGCCCGAUUAUGAGGUCUUCGGGCCUGAUGGACCGCGGCUUCUUGUCCGGCCCGAUCGAGAGGAGCUUCGCUUCUGGGCCUUUGGACAUGCCUAAAUCUAAAAAAAUGGGCUUGGUUAAGAAUUUCAAGAAAGUGGUGUCUAAGUCUUUGUGGAGUUUUUCAAGGGAGGUUAGUGUUAGUGAAGGAGAGAUUAGUAGUGGAAAUAGCAGCAGCACAAUCACUAGUCAUAAUUUGAGUAGUGAGCUGAGUUUGGUUGAUGAGAAUAAUGAUGAUGCUGGAAAUGAAUGUAAUCUGCAGUGGGCUCAAGGGAAAGCUGGUGAAGACAGAGUGCAUAUUGUGAUAUCUGAGGAGAAUGGAUGGGUUUUUGUGGGGAUUUAUGAUGGAUUCAAUGGCCCUGAUGCUACUGACUUCCUCUUGAACAAUCUCUAUGCCAAUGUCUACAAGGAGCUCAAAGGGUUGCUGUGGUUUGAUGGGGGGGAAUCUGGCCAAGGCGCGGAGAGUUUGGAUGGUAACGGGAGGGUGGAGCUCGAGAGGAAGCUGAGGGAGAGGCUGACCUAUUUGGGAUGUGAUGGCGCGGUUGAUCAUUCGCUUGUUCUUGAGGCCUUGUCUGAGGCGUUGAGGAAGACGGAGGCCUCGUAUUUGGAGAUUGCGGAUAUGAUGCUGGUGGAGAAUCCUGAGUUGGCUUUGAUGGGAUCGUGCGUCCUGGCAAUGGUGAUGAAGGGAGACGACGUUUAUCUCAUGAACGUUGGGGAUAGUAGGGCGGUUUUGGCGCGAAGAAAUGACAGUGGUGGGAAGAUGGUGCUUGUGAAGAAGGAUGGUGAUGAAUUACUCUAUGGCUAUGAGUAUGACAGUGUACACUAUUUGAGUGCUUCUCAGCUCACAAUGGAUCAUUCCACUUGCGUGAAAGAGGAGGUGAGGAGGAUUAGGUAUGCACAUCUAGAUGAUGCCUUUGCAGUUGUGAACAAGAGGGUGAAAGGCUCACUCAAGGUCACGCGUGCCUUUGGAGCCGGCUUUCUCAAACAGCCCAAGUGGAACAAUGCACUCCUUGAGAUGUUUAGAAUUGAUUAUAUUGGAACAUCACCCUACAUCACAUGUUCACCAUUCCUUUGCCACCAUAGGCUACAACACACAGACAAAUUCUUGAUCUUAUCCUCUGAUGGCCUCUACCAAUACUUCACCAACAAAGAGGCCGUCUCUGAGGUUGAGACGUUCAUGUCCAUGUUCCCCGAGGGAGACCCUGCUCAACAUCUCGUGGAGGAGGUAUUGGUCCGCGCUGCUAAGAAAGCUGGAAUGGAUUUCUAUGACUUGCUUGAAAUCCCACAAGGGGAGCGGAGGAGGUACCAUGACGAUGUGUCAAUCGUUAUCAUUUCUCUCAAAGGAAAAUACAACGUUCAUCAUAGUAAAUGCUAGGUCACACUACGAGGAUAAAACACGGAGAGGGGCACGCUUCAAAGUCUCGUGUGGACGAAGCAUACCAUCGAUGUUCAUAGUUAUAGCAUAAGAUUAGGUCACAUUUUCCAUCUUAGGAUAGAAGAUAGUAGUAUACAACAAGUGUGAUGUGGGGGAAUGUAAAUGCUUAUUAUAACCCCUUUUUGUACAUUAUGGUGCUUACUUGAGUGCCAUUCAUAGAAUAUCUCAAAUACAAAAUUCUUUGGUUCUUUCCCA